CCUGGGAAGCAUCAGCGGUUGCGGCAGGUGAGUCUCCAGUUCAUAUUCUCAAAGGGGGGGUUGGGGGACAGCUCGCCUCCCCUCGGCCUGCUGGUUGCCUUGGUAACCAACCGUCGCCACCCGCUCGUGCCUGUGGCUUCGUGGCCUUUGGGGGCGCCUUGAUAAACCACAAAACUGCCAGGAUGAACUGCCGUUCAGAGGUACUGGAGAUAUCAGUGGAGGGGCGCCAGAUUGAAGAAGCGAUGCUCGCUGUUUUGCAUACCAUAUUGCUCCAUCGCAGCACAGGGAAGUUCCACUACAAGAAGGAAGGGACCUACUCCAUUGGGACAGUUGGCACGCAAGAUGUUGACUGUGACUUCAUUGAUUUUACCUACGUUAGAGUUACUUCCGAUGAGCUUGACCGGGCAUUGAGAAAAGCUGUUGGGGAAUUCAAGGAUGCGCUGCGGAACUCGGGCAAUGAUGGGAUGGGCCAGGUCUCGCUGGAGUUCUACCAGAAGAAGAAAUCACGGUGGCCAUUCUCUGACGAGUGUAUCCCAUGGGAAGUGUGGACAGUCAAAGUGAACGUGGUGAGCCUGGCUAAUGAGCAGGAGCGGCAGAUCUGUCGUGAGAAGGUUGGUGAGAAACUCUGUGAGAAGAUCAUCAACAUUGUAGAAGUGAUGAACCGACAUGAGUACCUGCCCAAGAUGCCCACCCAGUCUGAGGUGGACAAUGUCUUUGAUACGGGGCUGCGGGAUGUCCAGCCCUACCUGUACAAGAUUGCCUACCAGAUCACUGACUCACUUGGAACCUCUGUCACUACAACCAUGCGGCGCCUCAUCAAGGAUACCCUGGCACUCUGAUAUCCAUGAGACUACAAGACCUGACAUUAUUGAGAGGCAACAUGAGCAACUGGCUUUCUGUCCAAAAGCACCAAAUACAUAUUUUCUCCCAGAAAAUCUGGGAGUCUUGAUAUCCAGGCGCCCUGUUCUAAUUUAUUAAUUU